AUGCUUAAAGGUUUUGCCAUUUUGAUUGAGCAUAUGUGGUUGUCUGUGUGUUCAUGGUGGUUCAAAUCUAAACUGUGUGACUCUAUCUUCACUUUCUCGGUUCAAGUCACACUAGGAAGCAUUGCAUGUGAGAAUUUGAACAAGGACUCAUGUGCAUUUGCCGUAUCAUCAAGUGGAAAGCGAUGUGUGCUUGAGAAGAAUGUCCGAAGGAGCGGGGAGGAGGUGUUUGUUUGCAGUACCUCACAAAUAGAUACUAAUAAGUUAGCAAGUUGGAUAGAAACUGAUGAAUGCCUAGAUGCAUGUGGGCUUGACCGUAACAUCCUAGGGAUCUCCUCCGACUCCCUUCUUGAAUCUUGGUUCAUGCAAAAACUUUGCUCAACUCAAUGUUACAAUGGUUGUCCGAAUAUUGUUGAUCUAUACUUCAAUCUUGCUGCCGGUGAAGGUGUAUAUUUACCAAGCUUAUGUCAAGCACAAGGAGAUAGCAAGAGAAGACGGAUGAGCGAGAUAAGGAGUGCGGGUUAUGUUGGCGCACCUGGACCCAUGGUGCCCGUGAAAUUUAUGGUUGAUAGUUCCCCGACAAUAGCCCCGUCCCAUGUUGCCCCUCUUAUUUGAGCUCAAUACUAUAAUAGAAUGAUCCUCGUUUUUAGAUGUAUGAGAUCUAUGUAAUAUCUGGUUAUCUUCGAAUAAGGAUUGAUCAUCCAAGAAUAAAGAUUUGCAAUUUCAUCAUGUAUACAUAACAUCAAAAAUUAAUGAUGUUAUAAGUUUAUUUAUGUCAUUUCUUGUUUGAUAAGUAACAUGUACGGAGGGCCGGCCCUAGGGGGUGAGGCAAGCUGGGCGAUCGCCCCGGGCCUCGGCAAAGGUCGGGCC